AUGCAAGUUGGUCGAAUUAAAAGAAUGCCUUGUCAGGCCAGAGGAGAACCUGAUUCCAGCCCUGUCUUAGGGGACACAGAAAAUGAUCCAGUGUAUUUUUCUGAGGAUGGUUGCAAGUGUACUUCCAGAGCCCGACGGGAUCGCGAAGCUGGGAGUGUGAGGUCGACCAGGAGCCCGCGAGCCUGGCCCGCUUCCUGGCGCUCUUCCUCCGGGAGGAUGUCAAGAGACCAGUUCAGCGAGGAAGAUUAUCUUGCAAACGGAAAUGUUCUAGACUCCAUCCAAACCAAAGAAGGUCUGAGUCUUGAGUUGAUAAGUGGAGAUGUUCUGGGUAUACAGGCCGAUGUCAUUGUCAACACUGUUCCUGUGGAUCUUCAGCUUGGAAGAGGAUCGCUAUCUCAGGCUCUUUUGCAGAAAGCUGGUCCAAGGCUCCAGAAAGAGUUAAAUGCCACCAGGGAGAGAACUGAGGAGAAAGUGGGCAGCAUAUUCAUGACAAGUGGCUGCAAUCUGGACUGCAACGCUGUGCUCCAUAUCGUGGCUCCAAGCUGGGAUAAUGGAGCAGGGACUUCUUCGCAGAUCAUGGCAAAUAUAAUCCAGAAAUGUUUGACGACUAUAGAACAGCAAUCUUUCUCAUCAAUCACAUUUCCCUUGAUUGGAACAGGAAAUCUUCAAUUUCCCAAAGCUAUUUUUGCUGAACUAAUCCUUUCAGAAGUGUUCAAGUUUAGUAGCAGUGCUUGGCUGAGAACCUUACAAGAAGUUCACUUUGUGGUACAUCCAGAUGAUGAUGAAGGCCAUCAGGCAUUUUUAGGUGAAUUCUCUAGAUGGUCGAGCAGAAAUCCCAACAAGGACAAGGUUCCCGAGGCUGGAGAUACCCAAGGUGUCAUCGGGACUGUCCCUAAUCCUUGGUUCCCAGCGUAUGAAAUGAAAAUUGGUGCAAUUACUUUCCAGGUUGCUAUUGCAGAUAUCACCAAAGAAAAUGUAGAUGUUAUUGUAAACUCGACAGCAAGCACAUUUGACGGGAAAUCAGGUGUGUCAAAAGCAAUUUUAGAAGGUGCUGGACCAGCUGUGGAAAAUGAAUUGACUGCACUAGCUGCACGGCCUCACAGAGGUUUUAUAAUUACACAAGGUGGAGACUUAAGGUGUGACAUAAUAAUUCAUGUUCAUGGGGCAGACAAUGUCAGGAAAACGGUCUCCAGUGUUCUAGAAGAGUGUGAACAGAGGAGUUACACAUCAGUUUCCCUUCCAGCCAUCGGAACAGGAAAUGCCGGACAAGACCCAGUCAUAGUUGCGGAUAACAUAAUCGAUGCCAUUGUAGACUUCACACGGAAAUAUUCCACCCCAUCGUUAGAAACAGUUAAAGUUGUCGUCUUUGUAUCUGAGCUGCUAACUGUAUUCUAUGACAGCAUGAAAAAAAGAGACACCCCCGCAUCACCUACCCUUCAGGCCACAUUCUACAAGGCUGCCCAUAAUGUUCCUGAACACUGGACAGACAUGAAUGACCAGCUGUGCUGUACGGUCCAGCUACUGCCUCAACAAUCGGAAUAUCACACUGUAAAGGAUAAGUUUGCUAAGACUUGUUUUCACUACACAAUAGAGAAGAUUGAGAGAAUACAGAAUAUACCUCUCUGGCAGAGCUACCAGAUAAAGAAACGGCACAUGGAUGUCAAGAAUGGCCACACAGAUAAUGAGAGACUCCUCUUCCAUGGGACAGAUGCACACUCGGUGCCAUAUGUCAAUGAAUAUGGCUUUAAUCGCAGUUAUGCUGGGAAGAACAGUGCAGCCUAUGGAAAAGGAACCUAUUUUGCUGUUGAUGCCAGUUAUUCUGCUAACAAUACAUACUCUAAGCCAGACGAUCAGGGGAGAAAGCACAUGUAUGUUGUGCAAGUACUUACGGGGGACUACACCAAGGGAAGUGUAGGGUUAGUUACCCCUCCACCAAGGGAUCCUGCCAACCCCACAGAUCUCUUUGACUCUGUCACAGACAAUACACAACAUCCAACCCUAUUUGUGGUAUUCUCUGAUAAUCAGGCUUACCCAGAAUAUCUCAUAACUUUCAGAUAUUAA